AUGAAAAAUAAUUAAUUAUUUUAGCAUAAUAAAUACUUUUAAAAACAUAUGAAUUAAAAUAAGUUUAGAUUUAUUUUAAAGAUAUGUAAGAUUAAGAUAGUCUUUUUAAAUUUAUUGAAUAGUGAAGAAAAAAAAUACCAAAAACAUGUGGAAUUAUUGGAUAUGUUUAUAAAACAGGAUAAUUUUAUGUGUCUGGUUCUUGUUAUAGAGAUAGUUAUUUAAAUAAAUUAGCUGAUAUUGAAACAAACCUUCCAACAAUAAUUAUACCUAUAAAAAAUGAAGAUAAAUUUAUGGGUGCUAUUCAAUACAUUGAUACAACAGGCAUUGAUAAUAUUGUUGGAAAACAAUUAAAAACUAUUCAUUAUCAAACUUAGAUUUGAUACAAACUUUUGCUUUAAUGCUUUAUUUUGUAUAUAGUAAAUUGAUUAUAUAAAAUAUUGA